ACCCACCUCCUUGCCACCGAGAAAAGUUGAGGCGAUCGAGUGGUUGCGAUGCUGGUCCAGCAUCACUAGUCCGACCGCCCUCGAUCGGUAUUCAUCCAUCAUCUUCGUCGUCGUCUUCUUCUUGUCAUCCCCCCUCCUCCGCCCAGAACCAAACUGAAACCCCUCUGAUCGAUCCCGUGUCGGUCUUUCCCUUCCUGGUCGGUUGUCGUCACCGCCGUCUUCUUCUUCGCUUUGGUCUUGGCUUCUGGGUUUCUUUCCUAUUUCUUCCCCUUGGGGUUGGGGGCAAGGCGUGAGCCCAUCCCACCCCAUAAUCAAUGGCGCUAUAUGGAUGCUUACCCCGCCUCUCUUCUCCGUACGUGGGGAGGCCCUUGCAGCAGCCAAGAUGCCACUUUCCCACGUUCCGCCCGGUCCUUCUUCCCCUUGCGGGCGGGCGAGCGAGGAGGCGCUCAAUAACUUCCCUGGUGCCCGCCCUACCGACAUCAGUAGGGCCGGCCCAGCUCACAUUCAAGGAGGUGAUUGAGUUGCUGAUAGACCGGGUCGAUCUCUCCGAAGAGGAGGCCGAGGCAUCUCUCGACCUUCUGCUUGUCGAGGGGAAUGAGGCUCUGAUCAGCGCCUUCCUCGUCCUUCUGAGGGCCAAAGGAGAGACCUUUGAAGAGAUUGUGGGAUUGGCGAGGGCCAUGAUCAAGUGCAGUGUCAGGGUGGAAGGACUGGAUGAUGCGGUCGACGUUGUUGGAACGGGCGGUGAUGGGGCGAACACCGUGAACAUCUCCACCGGUGCUUCUAUUCUGGCUGCGGCUGCUGGUGCGAGGGUUGCAAAGCAAGGAAACCGUGCCAGCUCUUCUGCUUGCGGGAGUGCAGAUGUCUUGGAAGCAUUGGGCGUGAAAAUUGAAUUGGGCCCUGAGGAGGUGAAAAGGUGCGUCAAGGAAGCAGGCAUUGGGUUCAUGAUGGCUCCCAAUUACCACCCAGCUAUGAAAGUUGUCAGGCCCGUAAGGAAAAGGCUUAAAGUGAAGACAGUAUUUAACAUUCUUGGACCAAUGUUGAAUCCAGCACGGGUACCUUUUGCUGUUGUUGGUGUGUACCACGAAGAUAUCGUAAUGAAGAUGGCCAAAGCAUUGCAACAGUUUGGAAUGAAAAGAGCAUUAGUAGUACAUUCAGUGGGUUUGGAUGAAAUAAGUCCACUAGGACCUGGAUAUUUUCUUGAUGUUACUCCUGAAAAGAUUCGGAAAUUACACUUUGAUCCAUUGGAAUUUGGUAUUCAUCGAUGUACUAUAGAAAGCUUAAAAGGGGGAGAUGCCGAAUUCAAUGCUAAAGUUCUUAGAGAUGUUCUGUCUGGUCAGAAGGGAUCAAUUGCAGAUGCUUUUGUAUUGAAUGCGGCAGCUGCACUUUUGGUUAGUGGUCGUGUGAACACUUUGGGCGAAGGAGUGGCUCUAGCGCAAGAGACACAUCUGUCUGGCAAAGCCAUUGAUACACUGGAGUUAUGGAUAAGACUCUCCAAUAAAUUGAGAGGAUAAGCCAGCCGUCUGUUCAAUCUGAAUACUUGUGCCUGUGAUUCAGAAGUAUAAGGUGUAGCAGGACGACACCAGUAUAAGCCACCGGUUCUUUAACUUAUGGGGCAUUAGUUUUUUUUCCAUAUCCAUGCUGGGGCGUGUUCUCUAUCAUUUGUUGGUGGUUGCCGUUCCCUUUUCUGUUUGUCGGUUCUUUGCUGAUUAAGAACGGAUGUUGGGACUAUGAAAUUCUAAUGAAAAUCAGCUUGAUUGGAUCUACUGAUCUAAGCAGGCUGCCCCAUUGAAAGAA